AUGUGCGCGAAAGCGAAAACAUAAACAAAGAGAGAGAGAGAGCGAGGGAAAGCAAAAACAAGAUAUAGAGAGAAAGAAAGAAAGAGAGAGAGAAUGGCCCAAGAAUGGAAACAGUCUGGCUAUUCUACUGGAGUGCCGGUGGGUUCCGGCUCUGCUCCCAUGUACGUACAAGCUCAGUAUCCGGCGGUGCCGCAGCCUCCCGGCCACCAGCUGCCGCCAGGGCCCUGGACUACUGGCCUCUGUGAUUGCUUUGACGAUUGCGAAAAUUGUUGCGUCACCUGUUGGUGCCCUUGCAUCACCUUUGGCAGAAUCGCUGAGAUUGUGGAUCGUGGAUCUACCUCUUGCGGAGUGAGCAGUUCACUGUAUUUCUUGAUAUCGUACCUGACGGGGUGCGCCUGCUUGCUGUCCUGCUCCUACCGCAGCAGGCUCAGGUCUCAAUACGGGCUGCACGAGAAACCCUGCAAUGACUGCUGUGUUCACUUCUGGUGUGAAGCCUGUGCUCUCUGCCAGGAGUACAGAGAGCUCAAGAACCGCGGAUUCGACAUGCCCCUCGGUUGGCAAGGAAAUCUUGAGAAACAAGCUCAGGCAACUACAACACCUCCAAGCAUGAGCAGUGGCAUGAGUCGUUAGGACGUCACUUGAUACAUGAAGUGUCCAAGAGUGCAAUUGCUUCCCUGGUUCUUCAUGCGUAUUUGAAACUCCAGUUCCAUCUGUUUGUUGUGCAUGAAUUAAUAAUGUUUAUUGGGUAUAAGAACAAUAAUGUUGAUGUGUCAUGUUUGGUUUAUUUCGUGGAAUUUGUGAAACAGAAUAUCCUUAAUUUGUAAACAGUUCACUUGUUUU